UUUUACGAUUUGGACCAAUGACAGCGGCGCUUUUUCCGCGCCAAUUAAACCUCCAAAAUCCGGGCUGUUUGUUCCCAGAGAAUCCAACAUGGCGGACACUAGUUGCGGUUUGCUACAAGAAAGCUUUCAACCCAACCCACCUAACGAACUCACCACGACCUCCCCCGCCAUUCUUACGACAGUGCAAGUCAACACGGACAAUCUCACCUCCUCCGACCAGGUUGGCAAGCGCAAGCGGGUACAGCACGACUACAGGCGGCUCUCCAACUCCGGCUACUGGGAUGACUACAAGGAAGCGAAGCCACGACGGUUUUCGGACUCCUAUACGUCUGAUUCCGACCUCUCCCCGACAGCCGCCCCACGACCUCAGCGACAGCGGCGACUGAGCCUGAGAAGGGAAGACGGAGACUUCGAAUACGAUUUUACCGGAGAUUUGCCCAUGAACAACGGCUGCACCUCGAGCGGCAUGAACCUUCCCAAGAGACACCGCAAGAAAAGGAGACUAUCUCCCGAGGCUGCUCAGAAGGAAGACGCCGAAGUACAGGUCAGUCUUCUCACCCCACUUGACUCCAGAACUCCUCCUGAAUGUCGAGACAAAGGAGUCAAUACUGAGAAGACAAAGAUAAAAACACCUCAGAAGGAACAUAAGACUGAGGUUAGUCCUUGGGAGGGAAGCAACAUGGUUAAGAGUGAAAUGUUUCAACCCAAAGAAGUGUACAACGCGUGUACGAAAGAGGAGAAAACUGUUGAUGUACCGCUUGUAAAAGAAGAGCCGCUCGACGCGGGAAAGGAAGAGCGAGAAAACGCGUGCGAGGAUAAGGAGGGAUUCUCGCACAACGAGAGACUCGUACGAUCGAGCACGGCAUCGUGGGAUAGACCGCUGGAGUUCGCAAAUCUGAUCCACAUCGAUACCCACACCAACGGCGGCGCGUCCGUUGUCCACUCGUACUCGGACGAAAUCUCGCACUUGUCAAAAGACGAGAUGGACAGGUUCGUCCACGAGUUUCUGGAAGAGACGUUCGGGGAAGAAUCGUCGGGCACGGCGCGUCACGUGAUGGGGAUCGUACACGGCGGUGCGGCGUACCUUCCCGACCUGCUGGAGUACUUCAGGUUCCAACACCCGGGCAUCACGGUCAAGAUGCAGCACGUCAACAAGUCGGACAUGCUGACUCUGACCAUGGAGGAGUUUCACCGGCAGGUACACAGGACAUACAGCGCGGGAACCUACAGGAACGGACCCAUGCUGCAGAUCAGCCUGGUGGGAACCGUGGACGAGGAGGUUGGAGACUACUUCCCAGACUUCCUGGAUGUCUUGGAGGAGAACCCUUUUCUUAAGGCCACCACACCGUGGGGAGAGCUGUCCUGUACUAAGUUGACCAGCCGUAACCUUAGUAAUGAUGGCCCUAUCCUGUGGGUCAGGCCAGGAGAACAGAUGAUCCCUACUGCUGACAUCCCCAGGUCUCCUAGUAAACAGAGGAGAAGAGGUGGAAAUGAGCUGAAGAAUCUGACGUACCUACCGCGGGCUUCAGAGCCGCGGGAAGUGUUGUUCGAGGACCGUACGAGAUGUCACGCCGAUCACGUGGGACAGGGGUUCGACCGGCAAACCACCGCAGCGGUCGGCGUACUGAAAGCCGUUCACUGUGGACAAGAGGCCCAGGCAGACAGAGAAGUAAAGGAUGUGGUGUGUUUCCAUGCGAAAAGUUUCCUGGACGUUACAGAGAGAUUACAGCUAGACCUGCAUGAACCACCUACAACACAGUGUAUCCAAUGGGUGGACGACGCCAAACUGAACCAGCUGAGGCGGGACGGGGUCCGCUGGUCGCGCUUCCGCAUGUACGACAACGACAUCUACUUCAUCCCCCGUAACAUCGUGCACCAGUUCCGCACGGUCAGCGCCUGUACCAGCAUCGCCUGGCACGUCAGGCUCAAGAAGUACUACCCACAAUACAACACACAGGGGUCAGAGGGCAGGAGUGACGGGUCUGAUGCAGAGGAGGAAGGGUCGGAGGUCACAGAGGAAGGGUCAGAGGUCAUGACAGGUCAGGAGGGGUCAACGGAAGCCGAGAGCCCUGAGGAAACUACAGCCGAGGAGGAAAGUUACCAGUCCUGACAUGAUGCAGAUUUGCACAACUCUUAAUGAAUUCAGAUUGUUUCAGUUCAGGAGAGCAAAAAAGCAAAGUGAAUUUUCUGUAUUUUUGUUUACUCAGGGGGAAAGAUUAGUUUAGCACUAACUAAGGCCACACCAAUUUAAUCAAUUGGUUCUCGGAUUUGCCCACUUCAAUUUUUUUUUUACUUUAAGGCCACACCAAUUUAAUUUGUUGCUUCUCACAUUAAAAAAAAAAACGAAGCAACAGGGUGAAAAAAUAAAAAUAAAAACAGGUCUAGGCAUCCUCUUAUAGAUCCAAAUGCUAUGAUAGGAGCCAUGAAGUCUUAAUCAAGUCACUGCAUCGAUAGAUGGAAAAACUGUAGGAAAUAGGAAGAAAAGGACUUUCCUGAACUCUAAUUCAGAACCAGAAACUUUUUUUUUGUAAAUCAGAAAAAAACAGAGGCAAUUCCAAGAGCCAACAAAUAAAAUUGGUGUGGCCUAAACAGAGAUGGAUUAUUGUUGUUAAGAUUGUUCACUGGCUUGUAUGUUUUUUAUGUGCCUAGUAACAUUAUUUGACUCGUGGGCCAACUCAACCAAAUGUCUUGAGUGCACUAAGGCCACACCAAUUUAAUUUCUUGGUUAACGGAUUUUUCUAGAAAAAAUAAUGGAGCGGGCGGGCGAAAAAA